AAACAAUGUGCUGGAUAAGGCUAGAAAGGAGGAAAUGAAAAAAAAUUAAACAAUAUAUCCCACUUUCCUACUAACUCAAUUAUUUAAAAACGGGCAUCGGUGACCAUUUACACCGAGAUUCCAUGCUGAAUUUUCAAUUUUGUUAUUUUAGUAAGCACAAAGCUUUUAAUUCCUCUCUCUCUCUCCUAAAUUUGUUCUUGGUACUUUCAGAUGCUGAUGGCUGUCCUGGUCGUGUUGCUUGUGUUAUUGUUAACCAAGGCAGGAUUUUCGCAGUCAAACGAUCGUGAUGACAACAAAAAUGUUCCCAUCGCAGUGUUUUGCGGUACUAACGCAGUGAUAAGUGUGCCGAACUUUAUCAAGAAUCGCAACUCUACUUAUAAUGAUCUCAGAAUGCAAAUAUUGAGCCAACGGGUACUUUACGCAAGAGCGCAGGCUUUAAGUGCAGGGGACUCGGUCUUCGCUGCUGCCCAGUGCCGGAACUACCUAUCUGUAGAUCAGUGUGUUGCCUGUUUUGAUGCUGGUGUUUCUGAACUGGUCAACUGCACAUCUGGAAAUGGUGCUUCUGUUAGUUUCGAUAACUGCUUUCUCAGACUUUGCGGACUUCUAUAACAACCCUUAUGUCUCGGAGGAUGCGAAUAUCACUCCAAAUGUGUUAUGUGGCGAUCAAUCUGCAUCUCAGCCAACAGUUUUUAAUCAAGUUGUAGAUGGGUUUUUAUCAGACCUCAAAGAUGCCACUCCAAAAACCUCUAAUUUCUUUGUAGCAUCCAAGAGGCAAAUCGCAGGUGGAAAUGCAACAGUGUAUGUGACUGCACAGUGUAUUGCAAAUAUAAAUCAAGCCACUUGCCAAACUUGCAUGGAUAGAGCAUACGACAAAUUAAACGACUGCCUUCCAAAUAGAGAAGGAAGGUUUUCUGACCUGGGCUGUUUUGCAAGGUAUUCAGACACUCCGUUUUUCAAUGACAACCAGACAAUGGAUAUUACUAAGGUCCUAAAAGGACAUUCAAGUAAGUCAGCCAUAAUUGGUGCAGCCGUUGGUGGUGUAGUUCUUAUUUUCCUCAUCCUUCUUUCGUGGUUUUUAUAUCGAUCAUGGAAGAAGUCUAAGAAGACUGAACAAGCCAAAUUUGAGGGGGCGAUACAUUACAAUUAUAAAGACCUGCAGCUGGCAACCGAUAACUUCAGCGAAGAAAAUAUUCUUGGGAAAGGAGGUUUUGGUGAAGUGUUUAAGGCAGUCCUUGAGGACAAUAAUGUGGUGGCAGUGAAGAAACUUCUUGUACAGCAUGCUAGAGCAAAAGAAGAAUUUGAGAAUGAAGUUAGGCUUAUAAGUAACGUUCAUCAUAGAAAUCUUCUACGUCUCCUUGGAUGGUCCAUUGAAGAAUCUUGUUUACUUCUAGUUCUGGAAUAUAUGCCGAAUGGAAGUCUUGACCGGUUCUUAUGGGGCUCAAAAAGGGGGACUCUAAACUGGAAUCAACGCUAUGAAAUAAUAUUUGGGAUAGCUAGGGGUCUUGCUCAUCUACACGACGAAUUUCAUGUCAAAAUCGUACACAGAGAUAUUAAAUCUAGCAAUAUCCUCCUUAGUGAUGAUUUUAAACCCAAGAUAGCAGAUUUUGGGUUGGCAAGGUUUCAACCUGAGGACCAAACCCAUGUUAGCACCAAGUUUGCCGGUACAUUGGGAUACACGGCACCAGAAUAUGCACUUCAUGGUGUUUUAUCGGAAAAGGUUGACACUUACAGCUUUGGAAUUGUGGUUCUCGAAAUUAUUAGCGGCAGAAGGAGUACAGAUGUGGGUUCUGAUGCACAAUCCACCUAUUACCUAUUGGAAAAUACAUGGAAGUUGUAUGAGAAAAAAAUACAUAUAAUGGUCAUCGAUGAAACAUUAAACUUGAACAGACACGAACAAGAACAUGUGACCAAGAUUAUUGAGAUUGCAUUGUUGUGCACCCAAUCUCCAGCUUCGAAUAGACCCACCAUGUCCGAGGUGGUUUUGAUGCUCCAGGAAGGCCAAUCUUUAGGGAAAAGACAGCUAACUAGGCCUACUUUCGUAAACAAUCAAGAUAGGAGGAUUCAUAUAGGCUCUUCAAGACCAAAGGACCUACAAGCAACUCAAUAACCACACCCAUAAAAGGCAGAAAACAUAGUAGAUGUGAGGGAUUCAAUUGAUUAGAGUUGUCAUUCUCCAUUUUAAAAGAUAACACAGUUACAUCUUCCAUGCGCUAGCUUAGGUGAUGUGGAAAAACCUCAGCUAUAAAUUUUCGUUCAUGUUAUCCUAAAUUCUCCUAAGCCAAGACUCUGUUGUAGUGUAUUUUAGAUGAAUACCAAGUGUUUGAUAAAAUCCCGGUAGGAAACUUGUUUUCUGUUUUAGAGGCUCAAACUAGAGGAUUUAAAAAAGAUCGAGUUUUAAUAUUUGUGUGAUUGCAAUGUUAAAAGGCGUAUAAACUUGUUUACACUUUUCGUUGUUUA